AUGAUUAGUCAUGGAGAUCUUGAAAUGCCAUCAGUGACAAUUUGCAGUUUGUUCCCAUUUACAGCAACAUCAUUAUUUAACGCCUCACUUAAAAUCUCAAAAGAAAGUAGAUUCCACAAAUAUGUAUCUCUCAGGAAUCAGUUGGGUUAUAUAGCAAAGAAGGUUGACAGAGAAGAUGUGUAUUUAGAUUUUAGAAAUAGGCUUAACUCCUAUGCUUCUGUGUUUGAGAACAGUGAUGAAGAAAUGGAAAAAUACACUCAUGACUUGGAUAGCCUACUGGCAAGGUGUUCCUGGAGGGAAAAACCAUGUGACACAUCCUUCUUUAUUACAUCUGUAAAUGGAAACUAUCAAAAAUGCUUCACUUUCAAUGGACAUGGACUGAAUUUAUCAAACAUGAUUGUUGAGGAAGCAAAUCCAAUAAAUGGUUUAAGCAUGGUCAUCUUUUUAGAUGCUUUCAAAUUCAACCAACAGGUCUUACCGAAUGAAAUGGUAUAUAACCCUGAGAAUCCAAACAGUGGUACAACUGGACUACACGUUACAAUACACCCGCCACAAUCCUUGCCAUUCCCUAUAGUGGAAGGUUUUGAUGUGCCCCCAGGUUAUUCGACCACUAUUGGUUUGACUACACAUGCAAGGAAAAGACUAGCCGAGCCUUACGGAUCGUGCACAAAUAGAGAAUUCUUAGAUGGUACAAAUCUGGGAUAUUCACAUUUAGGAUGUCUAGAACAAUGUCAACAGAAGGAGAUAAUGCACCAAUGUGGAUGUGUCUCUGCUUUUCUUCUGAUGCCAAAUGAUGCCAAAGACUUGCAACUGUGUGGAAGAUUGAAUCUUGAUAAUCUAAUGCUACAAGACCCCAAUGUUACAAUCAUAGAUAAGGAUUUUGCAAAAUUAAAAUGUGAAAAACAUCUUUUGAAAAUGAAAUUACACCCCGAAACAAAUAAACGAUGUAAAUGCAAACACCCAUGCUAUGAGAUACGCUAUGAGCAAACUAUUUCAAAUGCUUAUUGGCCAUUUGAAUAUAUACAACAACAAUUUCUUGAAAAUAUGUUUGGCUCAUCUGAUACAAAAUCAAAGCGUUCACAUGUACUCUUUGACGAAAUUCUUGGAAAUGUUUCCGAUGCCAGAGAAGCUGUCAUUGAAUCUGGUGUUAUCCGAAAGAACUUUCUCAGAUUGAACAUCUAUUUCAAGGAUCUAACAAUUGAGACUACAGAACAGACAAAAGAAUAUACAGGCGAUGCAUUGAUGUCAGAUAUAGGUGGGACUCUAGGUUUCUACAUAGGAAUGAGCAUCAUUACAAUGUGUGAAGCUCUCAAUCUCACCUGGAAACUUAUAUUAGCAUUGUGGAGAAAAUGUAGAUCCUCUGAAAAAACUGUUGAGCCCCCGAGCAGAGCCCGUGACACUGAUGUGAAAGAAUAA